AUGCCGAGAUCUUCAACCCGCUGGUCCGUUCCAGUUAGCAUGGCUGGCCUCUUGAUGGUCCAAUCGCUUCCUGCUCAGGUCUAUGCAUCAGUAUCUAACCCGGAUCUCCUUGCGGCUCCGCCGAUGGGCUUCAAUAACUGGGCCCGGUUCCAAUGCGAUCUCAACGAGACCCUCUUUACCGAUACGGCCCAGGCUAUGGUCAAUCGCGGUCUUCGUGAUGUGGGCUACAAUCGCCUCAAUCUGGAUGAUUGCUGGAUGACGCAUGAACGUGCCACGGACGGAUCACUGCAGUGGAAUACAACACUGUUUCCCCAUGGCAUUCCGUGGCUGGCCAAGUAUGCCAAAAGCCACGGCUUCCACUUGGGCAUCUACGAGGACGCCGGUAAUGCAACCUGCGGCGGCUACCCCGGUUCCUUGGGCCAUGAAGAACAAGAUGCCGAGAGCUUUGCCAACUGGGGCAUCGACUACCUCAAGCUCGACGGGUGCAAUGUUUUCUCUGACGAAGGCCAGCCGCUGCGAGACGAGUAUCGCCAGCUUUAUAGCAAGUGGCACACGAUCCUGAGCGGCAUGCAGGAUCCGCUCAUAUUCUCCGAAUCCGCCCCGGCGUACUUUUCCACCAAUGCCACGGACUGGGCCAUGGUCAUGGACUGGAUCCCCGAGUAUGGUGAGCUGGCGCGGCACUCGGACGAUGUCCUUGUUUACAGUGGAGAAGGGAGUGCCUGGGACAGUAUCAUGGUGAAUUACCACUACCACACGCUGGUGGUGCGCUACCAGCAGCCCGGUUACUACAAUGACCCGGAUUUCCUGAUUCCAGAUCACCCUGGUCUCACAGACGUGGAAAAGCGGUCUCAAUUCGCACUCUGGGCUUCGAUGGGUGCGCCGCUGAUUAUCAGCGCGUAUAUCCCUGACUUGUCGGACAGUGAGAUCGAGUUCCUGAGCAACAAGGAUUUGAUCUCUGUAGACCAAGAUCCGCUCGCUCAGCAAUCGGCUCUAGUCAGCCGCGACAGCGAUUUCGACGUACUAACCCGCUCCCUGGCAAAUGGAGACAGGCUACUCACCGUCCUGAACCGAGGCAAAAAAACCAGCAAGACAAACAUCCCCAUCGCGCGGUUGGGACUGGACCCCGGCUGCACGUAUAAAGCCCGCGAUCUCCUAACCGGGACCGUUUCCACCAUCAAAGACUCGGUUGAUAUCACCCUGGCUAGCCAUGCCACCAGCGUGCUCCGCAUUACACCCCCACGGAAAUGCACCACCAUCACGCCAACCGGCAUGAUAAUCAACACAGCAACCAGCCACUGCCUAACCGCAUCCUCCACGGGCGUCAAGUUUGAAUCGUGCCAAGCCACCGAUUCCCAGGUCUGGCACGUCUCCUCCCACGGAAGCAAACUAACCCUAAGCCUUCUCUCGGAUAAAUCCAAGUGUUUGGCGACGAGCGACGGCGGGGUCGCCCUCGCAUCAUGCAAUGGUGGAUCCGGCACAGCAUGGUCCCACUAUAUGACUGGCCACCUGCAGAAUGAUAAGGGCGGUUGUUUGACGGAGUCCGGCGGGGAUGGUCAUCUGGGGACGUGCAGUCUCGAACAAGCGGGUCAGAUCUUGGGAUUGCCGAGUGGCGUUCGUUUGGCUGGGGGUGCUGCCAAGAAGUAG